AUGUCUACUUUACCAGAUACACGUCAACUCGCAUACGUACAUUACCAUUGUCUUUGCCCAGACGUGUAUAACAAAUCUACUUCUUCUUCUACUACCACUAACACCACUAUUGUUGCUAAUGCCGACGAACCCAUAACUGAAAAAACUAAAAUACCUAAAAUACCACAAUUCGAUGUCAACUCACCUCGGGUAAACUUCUCCACUUUUCCUAUCUCAAAACUUUAUUUUUGUGACGAUUGUCAUCAGAUACGUUGUCCAAGAUGUGUACAAGAAGAAAUAGUUUGUUAUUAUUGUCCCAAUUGUUUAUUUGAAGUUCCAACUGCAAGUGUUAAAAGUGAAAGGAAUAGAUGUGCACGUAAUUGCUUUCAAUGCCCAAUUUGUCAAAAUACACUUUCCGUUACAGCUUCUGCCGAAGCACAAUCCGUGACCACUGUUCCUUCAUCUUUGAGUAUGAUGGCAAGUGGAGCUCCUUUUUAUUUAACAUGUGGAGUCUGUCGUUGGGAUUCUCAAGAAAUAGGAAUGAAUUUUGAAAAAGCUACCGGAUUAGCUUUACAACUACAAAAGACAGAAGAUGAAAAACCAGAUGUAAAAGAAUUUGAUCAUCUCAAAGAACAUUUUGAAAAACAUAUACGUCAAAAUACUCCAUCUACUUCACUACCAUCUUCAUUACUAUCAAUUCCUGGAAUGAGCAUUAGUAUUGAAUAUGAAGCUAUUACUAAAGUUGAAAAUGACACAGGAUUAAUAGAAGAUUUGGCUCAAUUAAAAGUUAUUAAUCAAAGUUAUGAUCAACCUUAUAAAGUGGAGCGUCUUCAACCUCAAAGAAUUCAUCUUCGUACAAAAAGAAUAAAAAGAUGUCGUUCAUGUCGACAUAUUCUUAUUAAACCUGAGCAAAAAGCUCAAGCAACUAGGUUUAAAAUAAAACUUGUUGCUCUCAAGUUUACCAAAACUAUUUCUCAAUCAAAAAACUCAAAUAUUGAAAUACUUGCUCCAAAUUUUUAUAUUUCACCAUAUAAUGAUAUAUGGGAAUAUGAAGAACCGGAAUUGGUUUCUGCUAAAUCUCGUUCUCAUUCUUCUUCUUCCGGUGCAAAUGCUAAAAAUGAUAUUGGCAUUUAUGAAAGACGUGGGAAUUAUACUAGCAUUAUUGUUGAAAUUACUCCAUUAUCGGAAGUUGAAGAAUUUAAGUUCCCUCUCUUAGUCACUUAUACCACAAAAAGUUAUGUAGUAAAUCAAAAUGCAGUUAAAGCUGCCUCUUCUAGAUCUUCAAUUUCGAUUAGUCAUAGUCAUAGUGGAAGUAAUGUUGGUGGAAAUGUUCGUUCUGCAGGUGGAAAAUCUUAA